AGGCAGCCGCCCCCACCGCCUCCGCCCCUAGCAAGCCCGGCCGCCGCGGCUAAAAGCUGCCUCCGGGGAGGAGGAAGAAGAGGGGCCGCUAAAGGGAGGGGAGAGGAGCGAGGAGGAAGAGGAGCACCGGGACAGCCCCGCGCGAUUGAUGGGCGGCUCCUCCGCCCUGGACCGGCCCGCCUGCCCCGCCCCUCGGCCCCUUUAGCCCCUUGCAGGCGGAGAGGACUGACCCGCAAGGUCGGGGAUUAAGAAUCAUGUUACACGAAGCAAAGGACAGGCAGAAGUUCGUCAGUGAUGUUCAGUAUCUGCGGGACAUGCAGCACAAAGUGGACUCAGAAUACCAGGCUUGUCUAAGACGACAGGAAUACAAAAGAGACCCAAAUGAGAAGAAACGAGAUCAAUUUUGGGGGCAAGAGACAAAUUUCGAGAGAUCCCGGUUUUCAAGCGGGUCAUCUUCCAAACAGGUUUCUGGUGAUGAGGAUGCUCAAGCCGAACCAAGAUUAUCUGCCACGAGUUCUGCUUGUAAGACCGAUUCUAGACUUCCAGCAAUUGACCAAACCUCAGUCAAGCAGAAACAUAAGAGUACCAUGACUCCCAAGAAAUCAGAGAAAGCGGGCCCCAGCAAACCCCCUCCAGGUGAGUGGCAGAUUUAUCGAAAUUCACAAAAUCUAAAAGGUAAGUGGCGGGUUUAUUGAGAUUCACAAAAUCUA